AUGGCAACCGGCAACGACGGAUUCCUGAAAGCAUGGUUGGAUAAGCAUGCCAAUGCAGCAUCCACGAGUACGGGGAGUGUGGAUGCCGAGGGGAAGGCCAAGGAAAUUACCGACAAGUUGAAGGCGGAGUUGGAGGAAGCAUGGAGUAAAUUGAAGGAGUCCUUGACGAAGUCAGAGGCGAAGGAAAUAAAGACGCUCUGUGGGAACGCUUUGGUGGAGCAUGUGGAGAAGGCCGAGGGAAGCGGGAAGCAGGAUAUGCGAAAUGAAUAUGUGAAAGAUUUAUGUAAGGGUUUAAUGGGUAUUCGUUAUUUUAUGAGUGGUAUAAAGGAAGUAGAGAGCAAUGGGGUAGAGGUCGAAAGGGGCCUCACCGAAGAUAAAUGGUUUGCUCGUUGUACCGUUGGUAUGCUUGCCCUAUCCGAAAUUUAUGGGGAUCAUUGUAAGCUAAACAGAGUGAUAGACUAUGUGGAACCACUGGUAGAGAAUAAUUUAACGAUUCAUGUGCAGAGGAGGGGCCUCGAAAGUUGGAUGAUAAAAAAAUGUGAAGGAAAAGUGGAUGCCAACGCUAUAAUGAUUGGUAGAACAGUUCUUGGUGAUCAGAUCAAGGACUGGGUCCAAGAGAAGAGAGGAGGAUCGGACACUUCGCCAUGGAGAGUAAGACAGUUAUGGAAUAGCAAAUGGAAGCAUGUCUGCCCACGGGAUAAGAGGAGUUCGAUAAUGACUUCAGAUGAAAAAAGGGAAAAGUUAAAUGAGAAUAAGGACAGUAUGGUACAAUUGAUGAAACUGGACAGCACUCAAAAUGGUAGUGGUGCACAAGCAUCUACCAUAGCAGAUAUUUUGGCGGAUCCGGACAAUAAUUACGCACUCAAGGAGGAAGUAUUAAAACAAGUAUUUAUAGAUGCAAUGCAGGGCGACAGUGCUGCUGGAAGUACUAGUCCUUUUAAUAUGGCCAAGUUGAAUGAGCACUUAAAUAAGGAAUAUCAGAGAACAUCAGCUGAUGUUUGUAUCAAGGGGAAGACUGAUCCAUGUGAACGCUUAAAAUGUAUUGUUGAUUACUUGAGUGCAAGAGAUGCAGCAGCAGCAGCUGCACAACCAGGAUUAGGAUCAACAGCCGUAACGGACACAUUCUGGACGAAGAAUGUACAAGAACUUUGGGAUGAAUUAGCAAAGAAAAUGAAGGGGACAAAUGUCAAGGACGACGGCGUAACUGAAUGUAAAGAUUUGGAUAAUCCAUCUGACAAGACGGCAUGCAAGUACUUGCAUGCCGGCUUAAAACAGCUGUACGAUCCGUCGUCGUCUGUUUUAAACAACCCAUCGUUUAGACAAACGAUGGGUUGUUUCUUACUUCACGCUUAUGCAAAACACAUGAAAGAUAAAGCUGUUUGUGAUAUUGAUCAAGGAAUAACAGCGGCAUUUAAUGCAUGGAAGGAACCCAGUAAGCAGACAUCUUCCAUUUGCCAUGGCAAUGGUAAUGGCAAAACUUGUAUUCCAUGCCAGUGGGAUGGAAAGAACGAAUGGGAGAAAUGCGACAUUAAGACAACUGGCACAACGGGCACAUCAGAGAUUGUAAAGACCAAAUUAGAGAAGUUCGUCAAUGACAACGACCCUGACAUUAAGGAAAUGACGAAGCAAAUAAAUAAAGUAGAAAAACUCUGUGACCAAGUCAAAUGUGUCACAGCCCGAUGGAUGAACGGAGCUAACGGUGGCAGCAAAAAGCGCGAAUGGACUGAAGUGUGGGACGAAGUCCAAAAGGAACUAAAGAAGCUUGGCAGUGAAAUAGAAUCGAAGAAGGAGGAAGUUGGUACUUACUGCAAUCAACUUUCGAAGGAUAGUGAUGGAAAGGAUGCUUGCAUCCUUAUCGCAGCAGGAUUAAAAAACCUCUACGACAUCAAGGGAGACGAUGCCGCUGCCCCUGGCAGCGGGAACGAUGCCGUUACGGCAUCGUUCGAAAGAACGAUGCGUUGUGUUCUAUUAAAUGCCAUUGCAGAUAAACUGCAAGACCAAAAAUUUCCGUGCACGGAUGAGAAGAAAGUGGCUGAUGCAAUAACUAAGGCAUUUGAGAAGAGUGGUACUAUUAAGAGUGAAGGUGUCGGCUGCAAGACUAAUGAUAAGUGUUUUGAGUGUAAGAGAGUACCCUUAAAUGAUCUCAACGGUUGUAACCUAGACUCCAAGAGCACUGAUCAGAAUGUAAAAACGAAGGUAGAAAAAGUGCUCAACGAAGAAGGCGGCCAAGGAAAGAAGGAAAUGGACCAAAUUUGGGACCAAGCUAUAAAGGACAUAUGUAAACCAUGUACUAGGAAUAACGGAGAUUCCCUAUGCGAUCAACUGAAGUGCAUAGGAACUAAGUGGAAAAGUAAUAGAGGGUACCAUAACUAUAACAACAUAAAGAACGACUUCAAGACGCAUUUAACACAUCUUCUUACGUACAUGAAGGACACUGAUCAUCAGUCAAAAGUUGCCACCUACUGCGACGAAGACACCAAUGGCCACACAUGGAGUGUUGGCGACGCCGCAGGCGAAGCCAAUAAAACUGCUUGCAAACUUGUCGCUGCGGGGUUGCAGCGCAUAUCUACCAUUCAGCAAUCUUAUUCGAAGAGGGAUGACAAUAACCCCUACGAUAACCAAGAGUUUAAACAAUUCACUUUCUGCUUAAUGUUAAAAGCUGUCGUACAAAAAAUGAAAGAACAAAGCCCUAUUUGUGACAUACAGCCGGGCAUAACAAAGGCUUUCAGCGUAGUAGAUAAAAUUAAAAGCGAACAUUGCAAGAACGAUAAACCUUGCAUUCUUUGCAAUUGGAGCGACGGCGACUAUGACGAACUCAAAGAAUGCAGAAUUGACAAGGACAAUGACAAAGUAAAGGACAAAUUAGAUUCAUUACUCAAAGUCGCGGAUAAUGAAGUCAGGGGCGCACUCAAGGCCAUAGCUGACACACCAGGAAACAAGGGACCCUCUCUCUGCAAUCGCUUACAAUGUUUAUCAUCGAAGGUAGAAGCACUUAAAUCACAGCCAUCCAUGGAAAGCGCUGCG